UACUCACCCAGGGGCCGCGCAGUCGCCUCCAGUCACCCGCAGGCUCCGACCGAGCUGCUCGGAAGAAAGUAGGCGACGGCGGGCGCCGGGCCGCGCGGGCAGCCUUGGGACAAUGGGGCCCCGGCGCUUGCUGCUCGUCGCCCUCGGCCUCAGCCUGUGCGGUCCCUUGCUGUCUUCCCGCGUCCCUAUGAGCCAGCCAGAAUCAGAGAGGACAGAUGUUACGGUGAACCCCCGCUCAUUCUUUCUCAGGAAUCCCAGUGAAAAUACAUUUGAACUGGUCCCCCUGGGGGAUGAGGAGGAGGAGAAAAAUGAAAGCGUACUGCUGGAGGGUAGGGCAGUCUACUUAAAUAUAAGCCACCCUCCUCUCACGCCGCCGCCGCCUCCCUUCAUCUCGGAGGACGCCUCGGGAUAUCUGACCAGCCCCUGGCUGACGCUCUUCAUGCCCUCCGUGUACACGAUUGUGUUCAUUGUCAGCCUUCCUCUGAACGUCCUGGCCAUCGCAGUGUUCGUCUUGAGGAUGAAGGUCAAGAAGCCGGCCGUGGUGUACAUGCUGCACCUGGCCAUGGCCGACGUGCUCUUCGUGUCGGUUCUCCCCUUCAAGAUCAGCUACUACUUCUCCGGCACAGAUUGGCAGUUCGGGUCUGGAAUGUGCCGCUUCGCCACCGCAGCGUUUUACGGUAACAUGUACGCCUCCAUCAUGCUCAUGACGGUCAUAAGCAUUGACCGGUUCCUGGCGGUGGUGUAUCCGAUCCAGUCCCUAUCCUGGCGCACUCUGGGCCGAGCCAACUUCACUUGCGUGGUCAUUUGGGUGAUGGCCAUCAUGGGGGUGGUGCCCCUUCUUCUCAAGGAGCAGACCACCCGAGUUCCGGGACUCAACAUCACCACCUGCCAUGACGUCCUCAGUGAGAACCUGAUGCAGGGCUUUUACUCAUACUAUUUCUCAGCCUUCUCCGCCAUCUUCUUUCUUGUGCCGUUGAUCGUUUCCACGGUCUGCUACACGUCCAUCAUCCGGUGCCUUAGCUCCUCCGCGGUUGCCAACCGGAGCAAGAAGUCGCGGGCUUUGUUCCUGUCUGCCGCGGUGUUCUGCAUCUUCAUCGUCUGCUUUGGGCCCACCAACGUCCUCCUGAUUGUGCACUACCUAUUCCUCUCCGACAGUCCUGGCACAGAGGCAGCCUACUUUGCUUACCUCCUCUGCGUCUGUGUGAGCAGCGUGAGCUGCUGCAUCGAUCCGUUGAUUUACUACUACGCCUCCUCCGAGUGCCAGAGGCACCUCUACAGCAUCUUGUGCUGCAAAGAAAGCUCGGAUCCCAACAGUUGCAACAGCACCGGCCAGCUGAUGCCGAGUAAAAUGGACACCUGCUCUAGUCACCUGAAUAACAGCAUAUACAAAAAGCUAUUAGCUUAGGGAAAGGGUUGCUGGAAGAUUCCAUGAGAAAAGGUUGGAAAGCGAACAGCCGGGAAUCCCAUUAGUCCCAGCAAAGAACUGUAUUUACUUCGAAACCUAAAAAAACAACCAAUAUCUGAUAUGCACGAAUACUUCUGCUAUCAAGAGUAUAGAUUGGAUAAUUACCAGCAAGGUGACAGGAACAGAAAUAAAGGUAUCCAGUGUUGCUAGUGCUAUGAUAGUAACUGGAUGUCAUGUCACUUCUUAUAUAGCUAGGUGACUUUAAUAUAUAGAUGGUAUGUACACACUCAUUUGUCAUGCAGGAGGGAAUCUGUGCUUUGACACAUUUUUGUUUAUUCCCUGGCCAUUACUAUGGAAAUAAUCAGAUUCUCUGACUUAAUAAACAAAGUCUGAGUUGGUGGGUGUUAGCACUGGGCAGCUGGAGACCCUAAUGAUAGGGGAGGAGUCCGUAGUUUAGACUUAACACAGCUUUUGCCUAUAUUUUUUUUUCAAAUUAUUUGAUAAUAAUGGUUAGUGAUGGAAGGAUGAGACAGUAUUGUGUGUAGGGGAAGCUCUAAUACUUUUCAUCUUGAACAUACCGUAGUUUUAAGAAUUAUCAAAGCUGUUGGAAAGCCCGUUUUGAUAUGGGUAGCAUUUUUUUUUUAACUUGCAAUUUACUUACUGAAUACAUGGACCAAGACUGAGCAUAAGACUCACCAGGACUGUAAUAACCCUUACAAAGCAGCCAAGCCUAGACACAGCCAUCUGCGUGGAGGCCUCUGAGCAUCAGGUACAUCACACCCCUCCGGCUCUGCCCCCCAGAGAGCAGAGAUGGAUGGGGAACACCAGGCCCACCCCAUCCUGCUAGGAUUCUCAUUAGCUGUGAACUGACUGUGUCUUUUAGAAAUUGGCAAGGUAAGGUAUGCCAUCUUGGGAGGCAGUAACUAUGAAAGACUCCUGUACAUCUGACGAGAAGAGAAAGGUGUGUUUACAUCCAGUAGCUGUCCUGCAAGGCUGGCCCUUGCACAGACAGACACACCCACAUGCCCUGGUCACACUGUUGGAUAGUGGGCCAUAGACUGACUAUAGGAGAAUAACUGAGUCCUGUCCUUACUCAGGCAACGCAGAGAGCUGGCAUGUGGUCAGCUAUGAUGCACAUAGAACUUAUCUUCAGCUGGAUGUAACCAAGUGUAUUUCACAUAAGCAAGGCCUAUCAGCUAAACUGCUUUGCAUAUCUGAGUUUCUGCUUCCAGUAGCUAUAGAUUAGGAUAAAAACACAGUAUAAGAUGUAUAUUUUUAAUACAUAUGCCCUUCAGUCUACAAAAUUACACACUAUUUAUUUACAAAUGUUUUUUUCAAAAAUUACUCAAAUCAGCCAGGCAUUAUGGUAUACACCUUUAAUCCCAUUUUAAGAAAUAUAUAGGUCAGUUUGGUUAAAAAUAAUAGUAAUGAAAGGAAAUUUCAUUGACUGAAAUUGAUUGAAAUUUAUUCUGUAUUUUUCUUGAGUUAUUGAAAUUAUUUGUAAAGCAUUUUUAAUGCCACAGUGACUAACAAGCAUAUAAAAUCUUCAUGCCUUUGACAAAAUAAUUUGAAAAUUAAUUUAAAACAUAUCCUUUUUCUGAUUAAAAAAUAUGUUGGCAUUUUAAGCAAAUAAGAGUAGAAAGGUUGUUUAUUUAAGAGAACAAAGUAUUUCCAAAUACUGUAGAAUAGCUUCCAUGAAAGUCCUAUGGUUGUAUGGCUAACUUGGUUCCUGUGUUGACUGAUCUCAAUCACUGACUCCCUGCCCCGUGUUCUGUCUGUGACUUAAUGUAACUGUUAUCACUGCACUUGUGAACUUUUGCAUCAUUGUUUUGUGUUCACCCUCUUUUUUUAAAAAAAAUAUAUUAAUAAACUAAAA